CUAUGUUUUUCCCCUUUCGUCCGCAGUGACCUCUGUCCCUUUAACUGAACGUGGUUAAAGAUUUCGCCGACGUAAAAUCCUCAGCAGCGUUGCACCGGCGGCUUUCCUCCGCGGUUAUCGUUUGUCCUCGUACUGCACUUGUCUGGGAAGAAAAUGGCGCUGCUGACUCCUCUGUUCGCGUUUCUGUAUCACUUACCGCAGGUGUAUAAAUGGCUGUUGAAGCCGUACUACGUGGCGUCGUUUUUCAUGUCGCUCGCUUUCCUGCUGGUCCGCAAGACUCCGGGAAUCUGUGAACAUCUCUCCACGCAGAGGGAGGACGGAAACCCCUGCGACUUCGACUGGAGAGAGGUGGAGAUACUGAUGUUUCUCAGUGCUAUAGUCAUGAUGAAAAACAGAAGAGCAAUAACGGUUGAGCAGCAUGUGGGGAACAUCAUCCUCUUCUGUAAAGUGGCCAAUGUGAUCCUGUUCUUCAGACUGGAUAUUCGCAUGGGACUGCUCUACCUGACCCUGUGCAUCGUGUUCCUCAUGACCUGCAAGCCUCCUCUGUACAUGGGCCCCGAGUACAUCAAGUACUUCAGUGAUAAGACCAUAGACGAGGAAUUGGAAAGAGACAACCGUGUGACCUGGAUUGUGGAGUUCUUCGCUAACUGGUCUUCUGAGUGUCAGUCGUUCGCGUCUGUCUAUGCUGAUCUGUCCUUGAAGUACAACUGUGCUGGGCUGAAGUUCGGAAAAGUGGACGUGGGCCGCUAUAGUGAUGUGUCUAAGAAGUACAAGGUGAGCACAUCUCCUCUCUCCAAGCAGCUGCCGUCUCUGGUGCUCUUCCAGGGAGGGAAAGAAGUUAUGAGACGCCCCCAAGUGGACAAGAAAGGACGAGCAGUGUCUUGGAGCUUCACUGAGGAGAACAUCAUCAGAGAGUUUAAUUUAAAUGAGCUGUAUCAGAAAUCGAAGAAACUGAAUAAGACGAAAGGAGAGAGGAAUGAGAAGCCCAGCGAAUUGCAGUUCCCCCCGGUGCUUGAGGAGGAGGAACCCGAGGCAGACGUUGCAGGGACAGAGAAAGAGAGCAAGAAGGACAAAUAAGAUUGGGAGAUAACACUGGGACAUCACUGUAGAACUGGAUGGGUUUAUGCGCACACACAGAGCGAAGUGCUGUGCCCGAAGUUGUGUGGGAACACAAUGAUUUUUUUUAUUUUUUAUUUUUAUUUUUUUUUGUCAUCAGAACCACCCAUAAUCAAAAAUCAAACUUGUACUUAAAUGAAUGGAAUUGAAUUGAAAAGCACUGAAUAACGCGGUUUAGGAACCCUUAGCUAUCCACAGCCAUUGUUUAGGGGUUAAAUGAGAUAUCGUGCCGGCUGUUGACAGUGUUUUGUUUAUUUUAACCAAAUUUAUCAUUGUGCCCUACCAUCAUGUCUCCUACCUCUAAUGAGUUAAUGAAGUUGUUAUUGAUUAAUUUAUAGGUUAUAUUUUGUAGGUAGUUGCUUUUAAAUGAUUACUGACUACUGAUGGAAUUCUAAUCUUCAUUCCUUUUUUGCUAACUCAUUCCUUCAUUUUCUGUUUUUUUUGUUAGACAUUUAGUAAUUUUGGCCAUGUAUUUGUCCACUUGCCUUUUGACACUCAUUUGGUAACAAAAAGGUGAGCUGCCUGUGACUGAGCCAGGCCAUUCAGUAUCAUUACAUUUCUAUAAUGCAGACUUGUUUCUGUGAAGGGGUGCUGUCAGCGUUGGUACAAUGUCUGUAUUAAUGAUGACCAAAGCAUCAAAUUGCUAUGAGAUGAGAUUUUUGAAGCCUUGAUGUUCUGGCACAGACCUCUUCUAUUCUAGCAUCCAUUUGCUGAAGCUGUACGGUCUUAAAUAUUUUUGUUCAUUUAGCUUGAUACUUCCAUCUCUGGAUUUUCCAUCUUGUGAAAAAUGGAAGCUUGUGGGUUGUUUUGGCAUUUUUGCAAAAUGAACCCAUUACUGUUCUCUGCUUUCUUUUAGGUCAUCCUGCAGUCAGUGGACUUGUAUAACCAUGCUUAUAUGGGACAUAAUUUCAGUUAGAUUGCCCACACACACAACUGUAUGCUGCAUGCACCCUAGUGACUGACUGAUUCUGACUUUAUUCCAAACCACAAUUACUGUAUAGUGUUUAACUCCAUUGCAGAUGGAUGUGACUGAGAUUGUGUGCGGUGAGAGGUUUUGGAUGAAUGUUGACAUUCCAAUAAAAAAAAAUAAAAAAUACAAAGAUUGGUCCUCC